CGGAUUGAGCAGGCUCCGGGACACGUGACGGGAUUGGGCGGGGCAUCAAGGUUCAUAUCCCAGAGUCCUUUGCACUGACUCCUUUUCCGACUCCUUGUUGAGCAAAGAUGUCGAAGCGAGGACGUGGUGGGUCCUCCGGUGCGAAAUUCCGGAUUUCCCUGGGUCUUCCGGUCGGAGCCGUGAUCAACUGUGCUGACAACACGGGAGCCAAAAAUCUGUAUAUCAUCUCUGUGAAGGGGAUCAAAGGAAGACUGAAUAGACUUCCUGCUGCUGGCGUGGGUGACAUGGUGAUGGCCACAGUGAAGAAAGGCAAACCAGAGCUCAGAAAGAAGGUACAUCCAGCAGUGGUAAUUCGACAACGAAAGUCAUACCGGAGAAAAGAUGGAGUGUUCCUCUAUUUUGAAGAUAAUGCGGGGGUCAUAGUAAAUAAUAAAGGUGAAAUGAAAGGUUCUGCUAUCACAGGACCCGUUGCAAAGGAGUGUGCAGACUUGUGGCCUAGGAUUGCAUCCAAUGCUGGCAGCAUCGCAUGAUUAUUUCCUUUAUCUGUUUUAAAAAAGAAGUAAAAGUUAUGUGCUCACAGUG